AUGCCUCCAUUCUUGAGAAAGAACGGAAAUAGAGGUGACUCUGAGCGUGUACUUCGGAACCUAGUGAAAGCCCUAGCUGGACAACCUUCUGCGCUGGAAAACUGGCUUCGAGAGUUUGACAGACUCUUUAGUGUAGUUCGAUGUCCCGCAGAAUUUAUGAUCGACCAGGCUGCAUUUUAUCUAGUCGAAGAUGCUGACUACUGGUGGAAACAUAGUAAGGCGAGGCUGAUAGUGGAGAAUGAUGGUGAAUUAAGCUGGGAACGUUUUAAGGGAGCGUUAAGGGAUCAAUUCUACCCACCUCACGUGAGGAAGGAUAAGUCAAACGAGUUUGCUAGAUUUGAAAUGAGGAAUUUAACAGUGGAUGAUUAUUAUCAGAAAUUUAUGGAAUUUCUAAAGUUUUUCCCUGAGGACGUUCCGACUGAAACAAAGAAGAUGCAACGCUUUGAACUGGGUUUAUCGUACGAGAUUCAAAAAUACAUUGAGACCGAUAGGUAUGAUACUUUAGACCAGUUAUUUAAGAGGGCAGCCCAGAUAGGAAAUGUUAUUAGGAAGGGGCAGGAGAAGUUGGCCCAUGGUGGGGACAAGAGGAGGGAACCUAUGUUCCAGAAUGCAGAGAGCGGGAGUAAUCAUGCAAUAAACCACUUUAAGAAACACAAAACCUAUGGGGGUUAUCAACAAAAAGUGUACCAGCCAGGACAAUCAAGUAAAGGUGGGAGAGGUUCGACAUCUAAGGCCAGGGUACAGAAACCACUUUAUGACCGCAAUGGAAAGGAAAGAAUUUAUAACUGUAAGAGAUGCCAGAAAAAUCAUCCAGGGAGAGAUUGUCGGGGAGCAUUAGUGGACUGUUCAUACUGUGGUAAAUCGGGUCAUAGAAUGUAUGAGUGUUAUGCUCGGUUGGGACAACAAGAACCUCAAGGGGGAAAUCACAGAGGUUUUCCACAACAACGCUUCGGUAAUGGUCGGAGUGGCAAUGACACGGGAAAUGGAAAUCAAAACGGUGGUGAUUUUGGUAGAAACCCUGGGGGUGUCUCAAACCUUAGGUUUCAGAGAAAUCAUUCCAGAAUUUAG